AAGGUUACCGAGUACUUGCCCUGCUCACUUUGCACAUAUUUAUUUUCUGUUAUCUUCACUCACACACUGAUCUCCUGCAGUUCAUCUCAACAACAAAUAGACACUUCAUAGACCAGCAUGGACUUCACAAAGACUCUGAAAAACAACAGGAAACGCAUUAUUAUAGGAACUUUAGCUGUAUCUGUUGUGACCAUCAUAUUAGGACUUGGUCUAGGGCUUGGACUUCAGCUGCAAAAGUGCAAGAACAAGUUGCCAGAUACAUGUCGGAACCGCUGUUAUACGCCGUAUGAUUAUGAGACUCCAGGCUGUCGAUGUGAUGAGCAGUGUGUGAACAGUAACAGCUGCUGUUAUGAUUUUGCAGACAUCUGCCUCCAGCCGAUUGAGAGCUGGGAGUGUACAGCAUUGCGUUGUGGGGAAAAGCGUGUCUCUGGUAGUAAGUGUCACUGCUCUUCUGACUGUGUGAGUGCUGGAGACUGCUGUACGAACUAUGGCAUUGUUUGCAAUGGAAUGACACCAUGGGUGCAGGAUCAGUGUGUGAGCAUGAGCAGCCCUAAGUGUCCUGCUAAUUAUAAGAGGCAGCCUCUGCUGCUCAUCUCUCUCGAUGGAUUAAGAGCGGAGUAUCAGCAGACAUGGCACUCCCUCAUUCCAGUCUUGGACAAGCUACGAAAAUGUGGAACGUCCUCAGCAUUUAUGCAGCCUGUAUUUCCAAGUAAAACCUUCCCGAACCACUACUCCAUUGUUACGGGUCUUUACACGGAGUCUCACGGUUUAGUGGAUAACAACAUGUAUGACCCUGUAUUUAAUGCCUCAUUCAGUCUAUCUAAUGCAGAGAAGAACAAAGCCAGAUGGUACCUCGGCCAACCGAUCUGGCUCACGGUGAUGGAUCAGGGUCUGCGAGCAGGGACCUACUUCUGGCCGGGAUCAGAUGUGCAAAUAAAUGGAACUUUCCCAAAUAUAUAUGAGAACUAUAAUGGAACAGUCCCCUUUGAGCAGAGAGUUCUCACCGUAUUGAAGUGGUUACAGUUGCCUGAUGAUCAGCGUCCUGAUUUCUACACUCUGUAUCUGGAGGAGCCGGAUAAAUCAGGACACAACUUUGGACCUGUCAGUGGAGGGUUGAUCAGUGCGAUCCAAGGAGUGGACAAAGUGAUCGGACAGUUGAUGAACGGACUCAAACAGCUCGACCUUCACGAGUGCAUCAACAUCAUCAUUGUAGCUGAUCACGGAAUGGCAGAAACAAGCUGUGACAGAAAGGAGGUUCUAGAGAAUUUCAUAGGUGACGUCUCGCAUCUGUAUGUGAACCAGGGACCUUUUGGUCGAAUCAGAGCAGUGAACGAAGCGGUGAGCUUUGACGCUGCAGGCUUAGUGGCGAACCUGACGUGUAAGAAACCUGAUCAGAAGAUAAAGCCCUACCUCAAACCUCACCUGCCCAAACGCUUCCACUACGCACACAGCAGACGCAUUGAGGACGUCAACGUGCUUGUCGACUCACUCUGGCUAUUCGAGAGCUAUCCAGGUUCUCUCAGUUUUUGCUCAGGUGGAAAUCAUGGAUAUGACAACGAUGACCCUAGCAUGCAGGCAAUGUUUCUUAGUUAUGGUCCCAAGUUCAACUUUCAGACUGAGGUCGAGCCGUUCUCCAACAUCGAGCUCUACAAUCUUAUGUGUGAUGUAUUAGAAAUCACUCCAGCACCAAAUAAUGGGAGUCAUGGAAGCCUGAACCAUUUGCUGCGCUCUCCACCCUACAAACCUCAACCUCCAGUGGAGCAGAGUGCACCGGGACAGUGUCCCCUAACCAGCCUGGAGCCCACCGACCCGCUCGGCUGUUCCUGCCAUGCCCUGGGUGACUUCAAUCCAAACUACCUCCUCAACCUGUCUGACACGGAAGUGUCUCAGAGCAAUAGCAAACACCUGCUGUUCGGCCAACCCCUAGUGCUGCAGUCCAACUCAGAUUACUGUCUCCUGCACCAUCACGGAUUCAUCAGUGCCUACAGCAAACAUAAGCUCAUGCCUCUCUGGAGCUCGUUCACUGUGGAGAAACAGGCCGGAGGUGGUUCUGGCUCUUUGCCAGCAGUGAUACCAGACUGUCUGAGACCUGAUGUGAGAAUCCAAGCCGAUCAGAGUCCUACAUGUAACCAGUACAACAGCAACACUAAUAUUACAUACGCCUUCCUCUAUCCGCCCAAUCUUAACAGCACAGCAGAGGAGCAGUAUGAUGGUCUGACUUUGAGCAACGUGGUUCCCAUGUAUCCAGCAUUUAAGAUAGUGUGGCAGUAUUUCCACAGUGUUUUGUUGCUGAAGUAUUCCUCGCAGUAUAACGGCAUUAACGUGGUGACGGGACCUGCGUUCGACUAUAACUUCGAUGGCCGGUUUGACACUGCAGACCAGAUCCAGGAGUUUGUUACAGGCAAUCAUAUCCCCAUCCCCACUCAUUACUUUGCCAUCUUGACAAGCUGCUUGGACUCCAAUCAGCCAGUGAGUGAGUGUAAGGGAGAAUUACACACAGUGUCUUUUCUAAUGCCACACCGACCUGACAACACUGAGAGCUGCAUGAGCAACCAGGAUGACUUGAACUGGGUGGAGGACUUGCUUUGGUUCCACCAGUCACGUGUCAGAGACGUUGAAUGGAUCACAGGAUUGGAUUUCUUUGAGAAAAGCGGCCGACCGAUCCCUGAGAUUCUGCGGAUAAAGACUCGCCCAACGGCUGCCAUUCACAGGAAGCAGUGAUUUAUCGCAUUAUUUAUAUAGUCAUGAAGUAUAGCUCAUGAAAUAUAGACUUUAGUGAUUAAAUGAACCAAAAUAUUCAGUGACCAAUGCACUGAUCUUAUUUGUCCUCAUGUUUAUUCUUGGCCACAGAACUGAUGUCUUUUAUUCCAUAGAGCCAUUUUGUUUUGUUUUUUUUAUAUUUAAGAUUCAUAAUGAGGAAUUUCAUUUAGUCUUUGCUUAAGUAAAAUAAAAUAAAAAUGGCUUUGGGUCUCA